AUGUGCAGUCAGUCAGUUUUCGUUUGCGGUGCGGUUAACAAUCGAGAUACGGAUCGCGAUCCACUAGACAGAUAUAUCAGUUUGAAUAUACAUACUAUAUCUAUCAACGAUCCGUGGGAGCAGCGAAUUCCCGAAACAAAAGUGUCUAAAACGGAAAACACAUCGAAAAUUGUGUGCCAAAUAUUGAAAAUAUUUUUGUUUGUAUUUUUGUUCGAGUGCCCCAGCCGACUGUCAAGUGUUCGAUUAAGAAGUGCCAGAGAAUCGCUCAAAUUAUUCUCAGGAAUAUCAGGUAGCAAAAACAAACACAAAGAGAGGAUCUACUGCAUCCCUCUUGAAGGGUUCGGCAUUCUUCAACCUUCGGCAGAGUAGCGGCAGCCCACAGAGGAGGCGCGGCAGUUUUUCUUGGGAAAACUGUAUGCAUUUCUAGUGCAGCAGUCAGUGAAGAAGAAAUGGCACUGAACCGCCGCUUGGCGUCCCUCGGCUUAGCCAGCCUCGCACUGUUGCUGUUGCCGAUGCUCUCCACGUCGGCCCAGGCCCAGGCCCAGCCGAAGGCUCUUUCAAGGUCAGUCCUGCCCGCACAGCCGGCGGAUCAUUUGGUGCCGCCGCCACUGCCCACAGCGCAGCGUCUCAGCCAUGCGGCAGGGUACUCGGAGGUGGCCCCAGGCGUGGCUCCUGGUCCCGAGACCCCGGGCUUCAUGACGCGCGUGGCCCGCUGGUUCGGGCUGGGCGGACCAGCAGCGCGGGACCAGCAGCUGAGCGCCAGCAGCAACAACAACUACGCCUACCCCAAGCCCGUGCAGAGCUUCGAUGCCGCUGGCAAGCCCUGCAGCCUGUGCAACAAGUAUCCCUGGGUGCCAAUGGUGGGGCAGCAGCAGAAGCCAACCCAUCCACAGCAUCAGCAUCAGCAUCAGCACACACCUCCUCAGCAGCAGCAGCAGCAGCAAUCUUGGCAGGUGCAACAGCAACAGCAACAGCAACCGCUGGCCCAGGCAUCACAGCAUCGCCAGCGAGCCGUGCAAUUCCGGGGUCCACAUGUGGCGCCGGCGGGGCAGAGUGUCUUCCUGCCCAUCACCGUGCCGCUGCCCGCGCUCAACCAUGUGGCCCUGCCGCCGCUUUACAAUGCGCAGCCCUUCCGGCCGCUCGAGAAUGUGGCUGCCCCGUCGGAGGUGCGUGCCAGCACAUUGCCGCCGGUGCCAGCAUUCAGGCCAGCGCCCAGUCCCCGUCCGUACAGCCCCAUCAUUCCCAGUGGCUCAAGCAGUUCCAGCAGCAACUUUGAGAUUGUCCAGAGCCACCAGCUGACGGACUUUGUGACCUCCGUGGAGUAUCCGGCCACCUUUGUGCCUUCGCAUGCGAUCGAUCUGGGCGGCAGUGCACCCUCCUCGCCCACGGAGCAGCAGCAGCAGCAGCAGCAGCAGCAGCAGCAGCAGCAGCAGCAGCAGGAUCGCGAGCAGCAGCAGCAGCAGCUGCAGCAGCAGCUGCAGCAACAGUAUCAGCUGCAGGACAUCAGCACGGUGCGCUACCAGCUGGAGGAUCUGAGCAGUGGCUCGGUGCACCAGCAUCUGCCCGCCUCGCAGCUACUCACAGAACUGGGCCACUUCGCGGAGACGACAACGCAGCAGCUGGCGCCGGCAGACAACUAUCCGGCGGCGUCCUCCCAGCAGCAGCUGCAGCAGGAACAGGAGCAGGAGCAGGAACAGGAGCAGCAGCUCUACUACGCGCAGCAGUACCAGACGGAGGAGACCAGCACAGUGGUGGACAGCACCACAGAGCAGCAGCCGACGACAGCAGCAGCAGCAGCAACCGCAUCACCGCCAGCCCCGGUGCUGGAGUUGAACAAUCAUCUGGCGGCAGUGCAUCAUCGCGGCGUCUACCAUCAGGCCGGCAGUCGUGGCAGGGAGACGCCCAAGCGGCUGCUCGACUCGCCCAUCAACCAUGCCCUGGGGGCGCGACCUUUUACGCGUGAUCCCGCGGAUCUCAACUUCCGCCUCAGUCAGGUGUACACGCCCACAGCGUCCCCGCCCACACCCACGCCCACCUCGACAUACGGGGCCAUCGACGCCAGCGGACAGUACGCGGGAAUGUCGCCGCCCAGCCCCCAGCAGGUGAUCAUUCCCUACACCACCAAGCAGCGGCCACGACCCUUCGACCGGCCAUGGGUGCACAGCCAGAACCUGAACCACAACCAGAACCACAACCAGAACCCGGAGCAGGAGCAGCACGACGACAAUGAUGUGGAGGAGCCGCACGAGCAGCAGGAAUCGAAGCUGGCUGCGGCAACGGUGACGGCCCCGCCACCGCCCAAUACGCACCGAACGACCAAGUACCUGACCAAGAUUCUGGCCUCCAAUCUCCGGGAGCUGCUGAAGCGGGAGCGCGAGACAAAGCGCCGGCCCCUGGGGGUGGACAUUUCCCGGCUGCAGCACAACAUCGAUGGCUGGACGGAGCAGGAGUACAACUCGUUGUCGCAUCGUCCCAGCACCCCCACCAUUCGGGGCAGGUCCAAGCACAUUCCCACGGAGUAUCUGACGACCACCACCACAACCCCGGCCCCGGCCCCGGCCACAGCCCCAGCAACGGCUCCAGCUGGAGCGCAGCAGCUGACGCGCCAAUCGAAGACGACACGCGGCGGUGGCUUCGAGCUGGGUGGCGCCGCUGCCUCGCCCACCAAUGCCGGGGACCUGUCCACCUCCAUCAACAAUCUGGAGCAGCUGCAUCUGCUGGGGGAGCGGGGCUUGAGGCGCUUCCAGCCCCUGGAGGACAAUCGACUGCAUCUGGACUACUACGAGGCACAGCAGCGCCCUCGACCACGACCACGACCCCAAGCCAUGACCACACCCCUGCCGAGCACCAGCAGCGUCACCACCACCAUCACCACCGGCAGAACGACGACGACAAGGCCGACGAUGCCGCCCAGCGAGGAGGUGGUCACACCGCUGUAUGUGAGGAGCACACAGGCGCCCACAGAGCUGUGGAAGCAGGCCAAGGUGGCCAUUCUGCCGCAGACAAACGAGAAGGUCUAUGUGGUGACGCCACAGCCCCGGCAUCAGGCCUACUAUGCGCCUGAGGUGUCCGCCUCGGCAUCGGCGCCGCGACCUGUGUACCACCAGACGCCAGCGCCUGCCGGGCCCAGAUUCCCCAGAGUGCGCCCAACGCCGGGAACAGCUGGUGAACCAAAGGCGGCCACGCCCACCAUCAGCUCCUCACAGCUGCACAACUACACGCCGGAUAUCUUUGGGCUGAUGGGUCUGUCCGCGUAUGUGCCCGCAGAUCCAGUGGAGAUAAUCGACGGCAACUCCAAAGUAAUCACCAUUGUGACAGCAGCGCCAACGGCGGCCGCCCUGCAGCGGCCCACAGCAAGGCCAACGAUGUCGCCCUCCCCGAGAUAGAGAUAAAGAUAGAGAUGGUGCCCCAAAGCCCAAAAGCGAUCAUGGCUGAUCCGCCGCCACACCUAUUGUAAUAUAUUUCCACACACCAACAACAACAGCAACAACAACAGCAACAACGACAACAAACACACCCCUCAUGCAAUGGACCAAGGAUGAGUCCGUCCACAUCAAACUUAGAUUUAGAGCAAAGUCUGUGGGAGUUCUAUUUGAUAAGAGAUGCCCCUUAGAUCCAUGUUAGAGUAUUUUUGCAUUUGGUAGCUUUAUAAACGCAUAGAUAAAGAGUAGAAAGGACUCAAGGCAAGCAGUGCAAGCAGUGCAAGCAGUGCAAAGAAGUUGAGUGAGCAGCAUCGACGUAUUGCUAGAGAUGAAUGUUUCCCCAUGGAAAAGAUUUACUCCGCAAAUGUUUUUUUUUUUUCUUUUGCUUGCGUGUAAUCUGUGGGCCUUUCUUGUCGCUGUAGCUCUAAUUCGUUGUAUAAAUACUAUUAAAUCGAAGCUGGCCACAAUGCUGAUGUAGAUAACCAUUUCAAAUGCAAUUCUCCAACACGCAACAUAAAUCUAUGAAAA